AUGGCCAACCCAUCACCUCUCUCCGCCUUGCAUGCAUGCAGGUACCAGUCAGUGUUUGGGUCAGACUACUACCUAGAGGUGAUGGACCACGGGCGCAUUGACUUUGGUAGCGGCUACGAUGUCAACGCCAAGAUCAACCGUGCACUGCUGCAGCUGUCCCAGGAGACGAGCCCCUCAAGUAACUGUCCCCCAUUCCUCCACUUUCUCCCCCGAUUCUCUCCAUCCACCUGCUCCUCCCCCUCCCGCCGCUUCCCACAGGGCGUGCCCCUGGUGGCCACUAACGAUUCUCAUUUCACCCGGGCUGCGGACCACAGGGCACACCAAACACUCGUCUCUGUCAAGGCUGGGAAGAAUCUUGUCCAAGCGUACACGGGUCAGGAGUACGUCAAGUCGCCAGAGGAAAUGCUGGAGAGUCUGCAGAGGACUCUUCCCGAGGAGCAUGCCGUGGCAGCCCUUGAGAACUCGCUACGCAUUGCUGAUAAGGUGACCUCCUACUCCGCCGACCUCUUCUCCUCCAAGCCCAAGCUGCCCACCUUCGACGUGCCUCCUGGCCACACCGACGCCUCGUGGCUUGAGUUCGCUCGCAGGAACGACAUUCCCGUGGGCCCGGGCAGGGGGUCAGCAGCGGGAUCCUUGGUGGCAUACGCGUUGGAGAUCAUAUCCAUUGAUCCCAUCGAGCAUGGGCUGUACUUUGAGCGCUUUCUGAACGAAGAAAGGCUGGCUCCUCCCGACAUUGACUCCGACUUUUGCCCUCUCGGGCGGGAUAAGAUCCUGGCAUACAUUGCAGAGAAGUACGGCGCGCACAGGGUGGCACAGAUUGCAACCUUCAACCGCAUGGGGUCGCGUGCUGUGCUCAAGGACGUGGGGCGCGACAUGCAGAUUCCUUUGAACAUCAUGAAUGAGCUUACAAAGCUGGUGAGAGUCUGGUGA